AUGACGACACCGCACCGAUCCCAUUAUGGCCCCAUGCUCCAAGACUCGACUCUUAGAAACAGCGCUGCUGGAAGCUUUGCAGGGCUGGAGGAGGUGGGCAGCGACUGGAGGGCAGCUCCUGCAGCGGGGAAGAGGCGAAGGCUCUGGGCACGGUGCUGCUUCAGCAAGGUGGGCGAGGGUGGCAAGCUGCUGCCGGGAGGCGCCAUGCCCAGUCUCUUCCCUGGAACCCGGGCCACAGUGGCCACGGCAGGCGGAGGCUCCAGAGCCUUUUGCGAACGCGAGUCUGGCGACCUGGACCUGACAGCCGUUGAUGCGCUCCGAAGGCGCGCCUGGAUCAACCCCGGGCAGGUGAAACCGUGUCAAAAGCGCAGACCUCUCUCCCGCAGCUGGAUCGGGUUAACGAUUGGCGGGAUCGUGGCUGCUGCUAUUGACCCAACACUUUCCAUUGAGAGAGAAAACGACGGAGAGAGGCGAGGAGGAGGAGACAGGGGCGACCGUCCCCCGCCAAAGGCGCGCAGAGGCGGCGAUGGUCCGGCACGAGUCCGUCGGGAUGCGCAGGCUCGUGCCGCCGCCGGCCGUCGAGAUGGAGAGGCAGCUUUCGGCGGUUCUGGAGGCGGUCCAGGCGGCGAGCGAGACGGCGAGGGCGGCAGCGGCGGUGGGCUUGGUGUGGGCAUCGGAGGACGAGGCAUCGCGGGUGGCAGCAGCCGCGCGGGGCUCCGCUGGCUCCGCUCAGUGAGCGGGCUGCGGAGGGGCAAAGGCAGCUGGAGAGGCGCCCAGGCAAGCGAGCGGCCAGCCAUGAACAAUAGCGGACAGCCGCCACAGCAGCAGCACCCCCCGACGGCUGCCAAGAGCUUGGCCGCUCCUCGAGCCAACAUGUUGAGUGCCUCCAAGCCUUUGGCAUUCUCCAUCGAGCGCAUCAUGGCCCGGACGGCCCCGGAGCCAAAAGCCCUGCCGCUGCUGCCCCACUUCUUGCAAGGAGGGGGCCCCAAAAGCGCCGAACAGCAUGUCAAGCCGCAGCAGCAACAGGCGGAGGCGGCGCUCAGCCUGGCAUCUUCCAUCCCUUGCAUGAUCCCUUUCGUGCCGCUGGCCUACGAGUCCUUAGCCAAGGCGGGCUCGGAGCCCAGGAAGCCCCCGAUGGACCCGCCGCUGCCGCCCUCCCCAUCUUCUUCCUCGUCGGCGGCGUCUUUGAGCUGCGCGCUGAGCCUCAAGCCGCCGUCCGGGGACCUGCAACCGCUGCAGCAGCACUACAAGCUCGUCCGGCCCCGCGUGGUCAACCAUUCCUCCUUCCACGCCCUGGGCACCCUGGGCUAUUUCAGCCGCACGACGGAGCCGCCGCAACCGCCGCCCCCGCCGUCGGGCCUCAGCCUCCACCCGGUGGCGUCCUACUUCCUAGGCUCGCCGCUGCACGCCUCCUCUCCCGCCGCCUUGCACGCUCCGACGGCGCCCAAGGCCUACCUGGCGGAGAGGAACAAGCUGCACGUGUUGCCGCCCGGCCCCGACAAAUACCCGACGCCGGCCUUCAAGGAUCUGGCGCAUGCCCAGCUGCACAGCGCGGCAGCUGCAGCCGCAGCCGCCGCUGCCGCUGCCGCCGCGCACCUUCUGGCCACCGACAAGCUGCCCUUCAAGAACGUCGGAGCGGACUUCAGCCGUGGCUCGCCCAGUGCCAAGCCCAAAGUCUUCACCUGCGAGGUCUGCGGCAAGGUCUUCAACGCGCACUACAACCUCACGCGCCACAUGCCGGUGCACACGGGAGCCCGGCCCUUUGUCUGCAAGGUCUGCGGCAAAGGCUUCCGCCAGGCCAGCACACUCUGUCGCCACAAGAUCAUCCACACCCAGGAGAAGCCUCAUAAAUGCAACCAGUGCGGGAAAGCGUUUAACCGGAGCUCCACGCUGAACACGCAUACGCGGAUCCACGCGGGCUACAAACCUUUCGUCUGCGAGUUUUGCGGGAAAGGGUUUCACCAAAAAGGAAACUACAAGAACCACAAACUGACGCACAGCGGCGAGAAGCAGUUUAAGUGCAAUAUCUGCAACAAAGCCUUCCACCAGGUGUACAACUUGACUUUCCACAUGCACACCCACAACGACACCAAGCCCUUCACCUGCCCCACCUGCGGCAAAGGCUUCUGCAGGAACUUUGACCUCAAGAAGCAUGUCCGCAAACUGCACGACACCAACGGCAGCGGCGGCUCGAGCGUGGCUGCUUCGCGAAGCGCCGUCGAGCCAGAACUGCAGCCGCCGCCGUCUAUGCUGCUUCACCGCCCGUGA